AUGUCUUCCAAUAGAAUGCGUCGUAUUUCCAAAGAGCUGAACGAUAUCGCGAACGAUCCUGGCGCUCAAAUAUUUUGCCAGGCAAGAGAUGGUAAUGAUAGCGAUCUGACCAGCCUUCGAGGUUCUUUUCCAGGUCCACCAGACACACCUUACGAAGGAGGCACAUACCUAGUUGAUAUUAAGAUUCCCAAUGAAUAUCCAUUCAAACCCCCACAUAUGAAUUUCGCGACCAAAGUUUGGCAUCCAAAUGUCAGCAGUCAAACUGGUGCCAUCUGUCUUGAUACCUUGUCCUCGGCCUGGUCUCCGGUUUUAACCAUCAAGUCCGCCCUUCUUUCCCUUCAAUCUCUCCUCAGCGAACCUGAGCCAAAGGAUCCACAAGACGCCGAGGUAGCCACUAUGUUAAUCAACCACCCUAAGGAAUUUCGAGAGAAAGCACGCGACUGGGCAAUUCAUUAUGCUGGUGCCCCAAGGGUCACAAAAUGGUCUCAGGCUGCUGCCUCAAGCCCUUCAUAUCUUCCACCGGUCAAACAUCAAUCACAAGAAGAGAAGGCGCGACAGGAGAUGUUGAAAUAUCAAGGAUACAACAAGGCGCUGGUCGAUCGCUUCGUUUCCAUGGGGUUUGAUAUUGAAAAGGUAGUCGAUGCAUUCAACUUCGUUCACAUCGACCGCCAUGGCGGGGAGGACUACGAAUUAGAGGAGGCUUAUAUGGGUGAUAUCACAGCAAGACUUCUUGGAGAACCAUGACUCAUGAAUGAUCUUCGACAUACAAUGAAUGGUGGUUGGAUGAAUGAAUGAAUGAAUGAAUGAAUGGACAAUCAAAAGGAAUAUGAAUGGCGC